AUGCUCCCCUUUCCAGGCAACACUAACUUCUUACCAUUGAUUUUACCUCAUUUGGCCAUUGGCCGAAACUUAAUUAAAAGGACCCGUUACUUCAUCACACACCCCCCUCUCCUCUCCCCGCCCCCACCCAUGCCACCACAAGAUUACAUCUGUGAUUGUUUUGUUUUUCCGCCUCACUUCCACCUCUAUAACCCCUUCUCCAGUGUGCUCUUUUUUUUUUCUUCUCUCCUCUUCUUUCAAAGGUCAGGUUCUGCUUGUUUAAUAUCAUUAGAAGCGCUUCCUCGAAAAGAUGCCAGUCGCGGACAAGAGGUAGCUACGCAGUCGGCCCGCUUAAUUCGAGACAUCCAUUUCUUUCUUCCUUCCCCAUUUGGGUUAUUAGCUCCCUUCUCUUCACCCUCCUCCCUUCCCUUUCUUUAUCUUCACCCCUCCCUUCCCCCUCACCCUUUCCUUCUUUUCACCCUCCCCUUCACCCUCCUUUCUUUAUCUUCACCCUCCCUUUCUUUAUCCUCACCCUCCCUUUCUUUAUCUUCACCCUCCCUUUCUUUAUCUUCACCCUCCCUUUCUUUAUCUUCACCCUCCCUUUCUUUAUCUUCACCCUCCCUUCCUUCUUUCUUUAUCUUCACCCUCCCCGCGGUGUGCGUUUUUCCUCCUUUAUCAAGAAAAAUAUUCAUUGUUUAG